AGAAGAAGAAGAAGAAGUGAUUGUGCAUUAUUAUUUAUAAAUCUUAUCAAUUAAUUAUCGUACUCAGAGUGGUCUUGAUGAUUAUUGUCUGAAGGAUUGUUAUAACGGUUGAUUUUGUUGUUAUCAUUCGCGUGUUUGUUCCCCCCCGCCAGUAUCUACGAGAAAAACAUCGAACGACCCACUACGUCAUUGGAGUCCGUGAUUUUACAUCGAUCGCACAAAUUCUUACGUAAAAUAAAGGAAAUAACAUUCGAGAAUUAACAGGUUCGAAUAACCGAGUAUAAGUGUCGACACCAAACGUGCAUCAGGGUUUGAUGAAAUGAGUGGAAAAUUCAAAUUCGUGCUGAUAUUUACUUAUUGUAUUCUGGCGCAGGAUUCCUUUGGAUUGUCACCAGUUAUUUUGAUUCCAGGUGAUGGGGGUAGUCAGCUGGAAGCGAAGCUGAACAAAUCAUCUGUGGUGCACUAUAUCUGUGCGAAGACGUCUACGGACUAUUUCAAUAUCUGGUUAAAUUUGGAGCUGCUUGUCCCAUUUGUGAUCGACUGCUUUGUGGACAACACUAGGUUAGAGUAUGACAAUGUCACUCGUACCACAAGGAACCCAGCAGGGGUUGAUAUCAGGGUGCCGGGCUGGGGUAACGCAGAGCCGGUGGAGUGGCUGGAUCCCUCGCACGAGUCGCCCGGAGCCUACUUCAACACCAUCGCUGAUGCCCUCGUGAAAGUGGGAUAUGUUAGAAAUGUCUCCAUAAGAGGAGCUCCAUAUGACUUCAGGAAAGCACCUAAUGAAAAUGUUGAUUUCUUUCCAAAGUUAAAGUCCCUGGUGGAAGAGAGCUACAACAGGAACAACAAGUCAGCCGUGACGCUGGUGGUGCACAGCAUGGGCGGCUCCAUGGCGCUGCACUUCCUGCGGCUGCAGACGCAGGCCUGGAAGGACCAGUACAUCCGGCGGAUGGUGUCCCUCUCCACUCCUUGGGGAGGCUCUGUCAAAGCUCUUAAAGUAUUUGCUAUAGGCGACGACCUAGGCUCGCUGAUGCUGCGCGAGAGCGUGAUGCGCGCACAGCAGAUCACGUGCCCGUCGCUGGCGUGGCUGCUGCCGUCGCCGCUGCUGUGGAAGCCGGCCGAGGUGCUGGUGCAGACCGACAAGUUCAACUACACCAUCCAGCACCUCCAGAAACUCUUCACUGACAUGGAGCUGCCGAACGCGUGGGAGAUGCGCAAGGACACGGAGCGCUUCAGCGGCGACUUCAGCGCGCCCGGCGUCGACGUGCACUGCCUCUACGGGUAUAACAUCUCCACCGUUGAGAAAUUGGUGUACAAGCCGGGCACAUGGCUCGACGGGUACCCGACGCUGGCGAUGGGCGACGGCGACGGCACCGUCAACCUGCGCUCGCUCAGCGCGUGCCAGUUCUGGCGCCCGCGCCGCGCGGGGGCCUGGGGGGCCCGGGUGGGGGCCAGGGGGGCCCCGGCGGGGGCCAGGGGGGCCCGGGGCCGCACGGUCAAGGCCCUGGCGCUGCCGGGCGCGGAGCACCUCAAGAUCCUGCACGACCCGCGGGCCAUCGAGUACAUCACCACCGUCAUGACCAUGGACGACUGAAGGUGCCCAGGUUUUGAAUCCAAGAAUCUUCCUAUUGACAGAGUAAAUACAAAUGAGUAGGUCAUCUUCAUAGAAACGCACGGGCUCGGUUUGUAUGUGAGAGCGCCAACACGUAUGCGGCACGCACGCACACACUGACAAAAUUUAGCGGGGAUUAGCGGGGAGCCAGUCGUGGUUGCACCGAAUUUUGUCAGUGUGUGCGCGCCUCAUACGUAUAUUGGCGCGCUCGGUGCGUUUCUAUGAAGAUGACCUACUCAUUUGUAUUUACUCUGCUAUUGACCAUCGCUGCUUAGAAUUCUCAAUAUUGUUGAACGACCUCCGUGAUUUAGUAAUGUAAGGCGCAAUGUUUAGUUUUGAUCCUUGCUCCUUUAGUUUAGGGCUUUUACCUAGCCAUAAAAUAUGUAUUCUACAUGAGGUGCAGCAAUGGUUCUGAGUAUCUUCGACAAGACAAAAUAUUUACGAGAAUUUCUGCUCUCACACUACUAUUUACUUAUCUAGUAAUUAAAUUUAAUUAGUAUCAAAAUCUAGCUGCCGCGUAUAGACAAAUGAAAUUAAUUAAUUUUGCUGAUGAUCCCAGUGAUUUUAAAGUUCGACCCCGUAAGAAAUGAAUAUAAUUAUAUUAUUAGAAAAAUAUCUUCUAUCAUAGCUCUCAAUAACUUCUAUAAUGUAUGACAAUUUUUAUUAUCAGUACAUCUAUACUGGAAAUAAAAUAAUUUUAAUUUAAUUUUUAAUACAACUUGCCAUUCUUGAUCAACUCAGAUACUUUAAUUCUAAGUUUUGCUCAAGUCGCAUAAUACUAUUAAGAAAAAUAUUUAGGAUAAUGGAGCAUCUAUUAGUCAAUAUAAUUUUUAUGUUAAUAGGUAAAUGUGGAUUAAACGAUUUUCGCUUGAACAUAUUUCACUCUCUGUCAUGUCAGCUUUAAUAUUAAAGACCCAGUUAAUGUUAAAUACUUAAUUGCUCUCUUAUUUUAAUUUUAGGAAUUAGGCUACCAAACAAAUAUUUUAAU